UAUAACCAUGAAAGCAAUAGAAUUUGGAUUACAAUCAGAAGCAGAUUUGUUCUGGAAGACCAUAGGAAGGAAGAGGCAUAUAAGAAACCAGGAAUAGCUAGUUGUAAACAUGUAAAUUGCCUUUGUUGCAGAAGUGAGAUAUUAAGCAU